AUGGUCGGCACCGGUCACAAGCUCGCGCCAACACUGCUCAUCUACAGCUACCACGACCCCAGUGCCGACGACUUGUACCGCAAGGAGCUCAACCGGUGUCAGGCCGCAGGCGCCAUCGACACGCGCAGGGCGUACUCACGCAGGACCGGCGAGAGCCCGGGGUUGCAAGCACGUGCAAGACCGGCUGUGGGAGGACAGGGUCGACAUUAUGAAGCUCUGGGAACAACAGGGGGCCAAUUCCUGUCGACGCUCCUACUAUCCGACUUUCACUCGACCACAAUCAAGGGCCUCAUGAACAUCACGGCAAUCGCAGACUAUGAAACAUCCGCUUCCCCCUCCACAAACUACUUCGCGGCCGCUCCGGCGGCAAAUUGGCGGUUCGCCGAAGAGCCGGGUUCCUAUGUUAGCGGGGAUGCCUUCCAGGACACCGGUAAUACCUACCGGGCUUCCAUGCCCUUGACGACCGAGGCGCAAAGGACCAGUCUGCGCGAUUUCCAAGGACCUGCUGAGGUGCUCAACUUCCGUGUGCUCUGUGCCAGUCCUCGCCUGACCGACUUGGUGUUCAGCAAGCAUGGAGGCGGCGACUACUACACACUGUCAAACGAAAGCGCCACGGGACUCACGACGCUGUGCUACGUGCUUCCGUUUCCUCCGAUACGAGAGCCGGGGGACCAAUUCAUCGCUCCCGUCAGUGUGCUUGCGCCCCAGACAUACAUGAUUCUCGACUUUACUUUCCACAACUACUCAAAGUUCAACCUGACCGACUACACCCAGGUACCUGCCACCAUGGCGCGUACUGAUGGCCCCUGGUCGAUCGUUCUCGACCACAAUGGAGAGGACCUUCUCCGGACUUCUAUGUGCUACACAAAUCAGAGCUCGCAGUUUCUCGAAGUGCAAAUGACGAGCUCCAAAGACGGUCCUGAGCCAGUCACUCCAUGGAGACGUGCCCUGAAUUCAUACGAUACCACGAAAUCGCGGUCUCAGCUCGGUGCAAGUCUGGAGCCCCUAUCGUCCCGCCUUGGCAGUGCAGUCCUUAUUCACACGAAUAUUCCAGAUGAUCUAUUACGACUACCACCAGGAGGUGUCGCCUUCCACUUUGGCGGCCGCGGCCUUCUCUUCUCGGGUUGA